UGAAAAUUCUGUAAUUUGUCAAAUGAUAAUUGCAACACCUGAUUGAAUUUGAUCAAUAUUCCUCCAUCCCAUAUUUUUAGAUAAUUCCGCUUUUCUCAAGUUUAUCUAGCAAAUGUUUUUGAAAUUUGUUUGAAAAUAAUUUAUUUACUCAAGCACGUGUGUUUAUAAUUAUGGAAGCUGUACCCUCUGGGUCUAGGGUAUUUUCAGGGGUCGCCAAGAGCGAAGAUGAUGACUCUGAUGACUGGGAUGAAAUGGAAGUAAGUGGUGAACAAACAUCCUGUUUGUUUUGUCCUUUGCAGUUUCAUACAAUUGCUGUGGCUUUAGACCAUUGUCGAAAGGAGCAUGAUUUUGAUUUGCUCACUUUAAAGAAUAAAUACAGCAUGGACUGUUAUUCCUACAUAAAAAUGAUCAAUUACAUACGACUGCAAAAGCCACAUCCUAAACUUCUAUUGGAAGCACCUGUUGCCUUGUGGGAAGAUGAUUGUUAUUUGAAGCCUGGUGAAAUGGAACCUUGGUUAAUGUAUGAUUUUGAAGAUUUAGGUAGUGCCCCAUCUACUCCACAUUAUGCUGUUGACGGUAAAGCUCCAAUCAGCAAUCUAAAUUUUGCUGAGUUGCAAAGACAUAUUCAUAGCUUAAAUCUUCAGUUAAAACAAAGAGAUAUGCUGAUUGAUAGUUACAUAAGAGAUAUGGAGAAAAUGAAGCAGGUUACAAGAACCAUAGUGGAAACUGGUGAGAAAUUAACCAAGGAGGGUCAAAUAAAUGUCUCAAAUUCCGGCUGUGAUAGUUAUGAUUAUUUUAAUUCCUAUUCUCAUUUUGGAAUACACCAUGACAUGUUAAAUGACAAAGUGAGAACAGAGAGUUACAGGGAUGCAAUACUAACUAAUUCGGACCAAUUUCGCGGUAAAAUUGUUUUGGAUGUCGGUUGCGGAACUGGAAUUUUGGCAAUGUUUUCUGCAAAAGCCGGUGCUCAAAAAAUAUACGGAGUCGACCAGUCAGAAGUAGUUUACAAAGCUAUGGACAUAGUGAGAGAAAACAACUUGGCAGACAGGGUUCACUUAAUUAAAGGGCAGUUGGAGAAGACCAAUUUGCCCAUUGAAAUGGUUGAUAUAGUAGUUUCAGAAUGGAUGGGAUAUUUUCUGCUUUUUGAGGGAAUGUUGGACAGUUUUAUUUUUGCUCGAGAUAAAUAUCUAAAACCUGGUGGUCUAAUUCUACCCAGCCGAUGUACAAUUAGUUUGUGUGGAGUAUCAGACAUUGAGCGUUAUGAUAACUUAAUAAAUUUUUGGGAUGAUGUGUAUGGUUUCUCGAUGAAGUGCAUGAAAUCGGAGGUUGUACAAGAGGCUGUCAUCGAGACUGUAGCCCAGGACAAGGUUAUAACGGAUUCCAUUGUAGUAACAGACAUAGAUUUAAACACUUGUGGCACUGAUACCUGUAACUUUAGCAACAAUUUUGUAUUUAAAUCUAUGAAGGCUGGAAUUUUAACGGCCGUAGCUGGUUACUUUGACACUUUCUUCGAGCUGACCAACAAGGUUGGGUUUUCAACAGGACCCCAUGCACCAAAAACUCAUUGGCAGCAAACCGUUUUUUAUUUGAAAGAUACCAUUGAGGUGCAAGAAGGUGAAUCCAUUGAAGGUUCCAUAACAUGUUCCAGGCUGAAAAAAAACUUAAGAGGCCUCUCUGUAACUAUAGUUCUAAAGAACAAAACCUUCCAGUACACUAUAGAUUGAAAAUAAAUAACUUACAAAUAAGAA